AUGUCCACCUCUGCACCCAUAUGCACAUACUCCUGCACCUAUGCUCCUGCACGCCCAUACUCCUACGCCCAUACUCCUGCCCCAUACUCCUGCAUGUCCCUCCUGCACAUACUCCCUAAACAUAUACUCCUGCACGCCCAUACUCACGCCCUUGCUCCUGCGCCCCUCCUCCUGCACCCAUACUCCUGCACGCCCUUGCUCCUGCACGCCCAUACUCCCCUUCACCCAUACUCCUGCACCCUUGCUCCUGCACAUACUCCUGCAUGUCCACACUCCUGCACCCCCCUCCCAACGCCCCUCCUCCUGCACGCCCUUGCUCCUGCACAUACUCCUACGCCCAUACUCCUGCAUGUCCAUACUCUAAACGCCCAUACUCCUGCACGCCCUUGCUCCUGCACGCCCAUACUCCUGCACGCCCUUGCUCCCUGCACGCCCAUACUCCUGCACGCCUAUACUCCUGCAUGUCCCACCUCCUGCCAUACUCCCUAA